UUACCAGUACACCAACAGGACACUGCCCACCCCCACCAAAUUGGGCAUUGGGCAGUGAUUGUCUUGCCCGAAAUAUUAUCAAGUCAUGCUCUGAUGAAGGUCAAGGAGGCCCUCAAAGGAAAAUGUCAAAAUCGGUCAAAGCAAUAAAUUUUGGAGGAAGUGGCCAGACACAAGUUACUGUCAGAGUGAAUUGGAUAAGCGAAGUGAAAAAAAGAAAGCUGCCCCAUGACUUGGCAUCAUUAGGAAAAAUGCUGUCUCAUGGAAUUUACAAACAGAUAGCCAAUGCCGCUUGGAGGCAUGACAGAAUUCGCGGAGCCUUGACUGGAUUCAUGCUUAAGGAAAUCACUAAGAAUGCAGGGCUCUAUGUUGAAAAGGGUCUGAGGGAAAAAACAAAAAAGCAACUAAAAAAAUUUUCAGAUGCACAAGCAAGGAGGAUGUUGUCAGUUUCCAGUUUGAGAAAAUGAAGGAAUUGAUGGUAAACAAGGCACCACUUUUUUGGCACAUUUUGCAAGCUGCUGCUCUAAGGCAUAGGAAGAACCCAUCAGAAAGCUCCUACCUGACUUCAUGUGUUUGUAUGGCAGCUUCUGUUUGCCUCAAAAACAGAUCACCAAAAAUGACAAUAUUGCAGUUGCUCAUAAGCAUAAUUAUGCAACACUCUGGAAAUAUGGUAAUUGUUGUGUUUAGAAAACUGAAAGACUUUAAACUUCUAGACCUUUAAAGUUUUAUAUUUAGAAUGAUUCUUCAGCCCAUCUCAUUUUAGUGGUAUGCCCUGGGUGCAGCACCAAAACAGUGAUGAAAAAUACAUUUAAGAUUAUAGGGAAAACUGCCUAAAAAUUCUCUAAUGAAAUGAAACAAUGUAAAAGGCCUCUUAAUUUCUCUUGAAACAACAGUAAAAGAUGCUUUUUAUGAGACAGUAAUAGCCUCUAGAUUGGAAGCUUAUGUGCUAGCAGUUUUCUUGUAUUUGCCUUGAAGAGCAGACUCAGAAAUUAAAGGCUUUGCGCCUAGUUGUUUCACACAAUUUUCUUUACAAGAAACUGGAAGAAUUUGGCAAAAAUCACGAGUCGUUCCUUAAGGAUCAAGCAUUCAAAACAUCUUUGGACAGAAAAGUGGUGGUAGACAAUUUUUUAUUUCAUAACAAAGGACCAUUCCAUGACAGAGGGUCACCAGAAUCAUAAUGAACAUCGGGUGUCAGUGGCAGCAGUUGAAAACAGGAUUCAUGCUGAUAGUCUGUCCACUGAGUGCCCAAUGAAAACUGGGACUAUCAACAUGGAAAAUCUAAUGGCGCUUCCAAAUAUCGCUAAUCACAAAAAGCAACGUAAGAAUUAUAUUGAUUUGUGUGGCAAGAUUGCUUGUGCCAGUAUCAAAUGUCUUGAAAAGUUUAAGGAUGUUGCUGUUCAUCAUAUAAAGCAUGCAUAUUCUGCUCAGGCAAGAAGGGGAACAGACACUAAAUUUGUUGGAAUGAUUUAUACAAACUCAAAUGAAUCAGCAGAGAUGGAGGAAAUAAUGAAGGAAAUUCACUCAAAGUAUGUCCCUUGCAAUGAUGGGAAAUGCAGUUCGCUUGCAACUGUUGGUGAUCAAGGAACUGUUGAAAGAGGAGUGAAUGUUUUGCUACAGUUGAGUAAUGGCUUUGACGAAGUUGAAUGGCUUGAUGGCUUACAGUUGGAAGUUGGAGAUUUUCAUGCAGGAAUGAAGUUUUUGCAAAAUAUGAAACACAACCAGAGUGAUACAGAAAUAAUACCUAGAGUAUUCUAUGUAUAUAUACCAUAUGGAGAGGGAGAAACAGAAACUUACAACUAGAUUCUCCCGCACUUUACGAAAUACUGCAGAUUACAUCACAUUGCUAAACGUAUGUUCACGUUUAUUUUCAGUUUGGAUAUGACCAAUUCUAUAAUGCAAAAUCAGUGAUGGACAAGUGCACAAUCUUUAGUGAUAGAACUCUUGUAAACCGCCGAAAUGUUGUCACUGAUGUGUCAAAGCGCUUUGAUGCAAAUAAGAAGUUUCUUUUGCUUGAAGUCCAUGCAAGGAUUGUUGCUGCAUUUUUAGUGAUUCUUGGCAUAAAGGAUAUAGAAGAGCAACCAUCAGAGGGGAUCUUACCAAAGUAUAUUUGUAGCAAAUCCAAAAAAGAGAGAAUAUUUCCAUGGAUUAUGCAGCAGGGUUGCAGAUGAAUAUGUAUUGAAUGCCGAUAAAAAUGGAGAUCUCUUGAAAAAACAAGCAUACUCAGAUUGGCUCAAAUCAGUGAAUCCCAAAACACAAGAUGGCCGCUUUGCUUGUAGAGAAGUGGGUUGUAGCAAGGCUUUUACUUUUGACGGCAAGGCAAGAUUAAAUAAUGAAAAAUCACAUCGCCUACAUAAAGGAAAAGAUGAAAUUGAAAAAAAGAACAGUGAUAUUGAUGCUAUGUUUAACUACCAAAGAUCACUUUUCGAUUUUGGUGCUAUUGUUCUAAACUUCUACGAUGCCAUUUCAGAGAGAGAUGGUGCACGACUUGUAAGGUGCUGGAAAUU